AACACAAAGAAAUGAGGAAGGUUUUUAUCUAAGUCAGUAAACCUUGUGAAGUCUCACUCCUGCUGAAGGCCGACRACAGUGAACAUAGGAGCAAUGACAGGGCAGCCGGAUAAGAGCAACGUGAAUAAUUUAUGCAUCUACUUUAUUCUUCUUUUCUCGGGAGCAUUUCAMAUUUGUGCACAAAAGGAUCACAGACUUUGUCAUUCUGUUGGGUGCUUUGACUCGGGCGAGACCCUGCUAUAUUUGUCACUGGAUAAUGAUGAAGUCUUCUACGCAGACUUUAGAGAUGGAGUUCUUGUUUGGGACAACAAAAUACCAUCAAUUCUACAUGUUGAAUAUGCCUACAAAUAUGCCAAAACACACCAGUUCUUAUGUAAAAGUGCUAUUGCUAAAUGGAGACCAGACUCGACAGCAACAAGGGAUAAAGACCCACCGGUUGUGGCUAUUUACCCCAGAGAUGAAGUGACUGAGGAGGAAGAAAACACCCUCAUCUGUUUCAUCAACAACUUUUUUCCUCCUUCGCUUAAAGUCACCUGGACUAAGAAUGACAAACAAGUGAAAGAGCAAGACCCUUUCAUCGAAACUCUGUCCAACUCUGACGGGACGUUUCAUGUCUUUUCCUACCUGAACUUUGUUCCAAAACAAGGAGACAUUUACAGCUGCUCGGUGGAGCAUGAAGCACUGGAGGAUCCAAAAACCAGGUUUUGGGAGGUUGAAAUAAAUCACGCCAGUAUUGCUCCAGCUGUCUUCUGUGGACUUGGCCUGACUUUUGGACUUCUUGGAGUUGCUGUGGGGACUUUUUAUCUAGUGAAAGGAAGCCAAUAUCACGAAACAUUACACUCUGCUUAGAGGUUGUUCAUGUACUCUGUAAAAUAUAUAAUGCUCUUAUAAAAUUGUCCUUUUCGCUUUGGCUGCAUAUUAGAAAUCUCCAAUAGGCACUUUUCUUAAAACAUGUUUGUCUUCUUGUUGUGUGAACACAACACAAAUGGCGGGGUAUUAACAGAAAACUCCCUAGCGAAAACUACCAAUCCAGCUGGGAUUUUAAUUUUGUAAAAUUUCUUACCAUGAAUAUUYAUGUUAAGAUACCAAUGCAUGCUUACYGCCAUAUUUUUUAUUCUGCAUUUUUUAUUUUAAUGACAAUAACAAUAUGUCCCUUGAAAUGUAUGUUAAGUAAAGCAUUUUAAUUUUGCUAUUAUUGUUCUUAAUGACCCCAAAAAAGCACAAACAACAAGAUCCAAAACAGGGGAACUGUACUUUUGAUGAAAAUCAUCUUAGUAA